AUGACAAGUAAACCCAAUGAAUCAAAAAGGGCACGAGCUGGAGCGUGUGCGGCUUGCCGCACCCGCAAGAGGCGCUGCAUUCCAUCUUCCACAUGGGACGGCUGUCGGCUAUGUCAAGCACUAUCUAUUCCUUGCACACUGAGACGAAACCCUACCAGCCUGCAUGUAGCCGUGGGUACUCCAGUAAAAGCGACGCAUGAUGGGCGACACGAUGAAGACCAUGUUCUCGGUGUUUUUGGCUCAUCGGAACUUGUGCUCGAACUUGUUCCUCUGUAUUUUCAAUACGUGCAUAACAUUGCCCACACAAUCUUCCAUGAACCGAGUUUUAUGGAUCGCCUUCGAGAAGGUAAAGCAUCCAUGACCCAUGUCUAUGCGAUGUGUGCUCUCGCUGCUCGAUACUCCGAAAACCAGGUAUUUGAAAACAUCGCUCCAUGCGCCCGAGGCAAAAUCUAUGUGGCAGAGGCAAUCCGCCGAUGCCAGGAAAACAUGAUCACCCCGACACUCGAGACCGUGCAAGGUUUUCUGUUAGUUGGAUUCUGCUUCGGCGGCGAAGGUAAUAUUCAAGGAAAGCAUGUGUAUGUCGGCCUGGCUCGUCUACAUGCCGACUUGUUGUGUCCUGCGGAUACCGCGACGGUUGUGCUUCGAGAGGAGCGUCGUCGGACAUGGCUCACCAUUUAUAUUGCCGUUCAUUGGUCUGCAUCGGAUAUGGCAGUAGAGCCUACCUCUCCGUUUCAUGACAUGGCUUCUCUUCCGGAGAUUGACGACGCCGAUUUCCAGACUCUCAGUGCCGAGCGACUCACAGAGUCGAGGGCUCCACCUUCUUCCAAGUGUGACAUGUGGGCUCAAAUGGGGCGAACACUCAACAUAUACACAAGGAUCAACGUUCUACUGCGCCGCCUCAGUCAAAAUGCAAUUUCGUUUGAGGAAUUUUGCAAGGAUGCUGCUGUGCUGGAGCACAGUCUCGAUCAGUGGGCGAAGAAUCUUCCACCAAAUCUGACAUACUCCUACGACAACUUCAUGCUCAUGAUCGACAAGCAAGUUGGGAAAACGUUUUUAUCCAUGCAUAUUGGGUACUAUCAUUUCCGUCAGAUGCUUCUUUUCCCGUUCUUGGAUACUCGACUUGCCCGAUGGACGACUCGAGAUAGAGCAGCGAAGUGCAAGGAGAGCGCGUCCGUCGUCUCGGAUAUUCUCAGAUAUUCUCAAACCACACCCAAGUGCAAGAUGAAUUACUUUAUCUACGGGCAUAUUGCGGUUGUCAGUUCCAGUGUUCAUCUGCAUACUUUGCUCUGCAGUGAUGACCAAUCAGACUUGAGCUCGGCUCGACAACGUCUGGUCUUUAAUUUUCAGUUCCUUAUGAGCCUGAAAGCUUACUGGUCGAUUGUUGAUCAUUAUGUGACUCGUCUACGAUUCUUUCAGAACUACUGUAGGGACUCCAUGUCAGAUGCCUUUGUCCUGGACAAUUGGAUGGCCCGUUUCCUUACUGAGCACUCUUCGGCGUUAUCGGACAGACGGGAUACCCGUGCCGAUCGAGCCUCGCUUGGUGCGGAUGAACUCUCUUCAGUUCCGUCCGGGCUGAACAACGCAGUGCAGUCUGGGAGUAGCUCCGGAUUCCAAGGGGAAACAGGUGCUGCUUCUGGGAACAUGAACACGAAGCCCAUGACUGAUCCAACAAUCGAAAUCAAUGACUUGUCUCAGCUUCUGGGUCAUCGCGGCAUGACUGGCGAGGCCAUCGUGAACAGCGCUCUUAAUUGGCUUUUGGAUGGUGAUCUCAGAAUGGAGCAAAUGCAGUGA